AUGAAGAUUUCAACUUUAGCAACGGCAGCCCUGGCGGCCACCGCUGCAUUGAUGCCAACAACUCUGGCCAUGUUUCGCUUCGACUGCUUCAACAACCUCGUGGUGGAUCGCGUCGACCCGAUCGUUAGCCCCGGUGAAGCCUCUGGUCACCUGCACGCCAUCAGCGGAGGAAACGGAUUCAGCAUGAACGCUGAUGGUGCUGCAAUGAAGGCAUCCACAUGCACGUCGUGUCCGAUCGGUGCCGAUCUCAGCGCGUACUGGGUUCCGCAGCUCUACGUCAAGUUCAAGAAUGGCUCAGGCUACGGUCUCGUUGAGAGCCACCAGAUCGUCUACAACGAGCCGCGUCCGACGGGCGACGAGUAG